AUGCAGUCCUCUUUCAUAAAUGGUUUAAAGACUGCAUCGCGCAGAAAGACGCGCAGUUCUCUGAUACCUGCCCAACCAAGCCUUGUCGCCUCAACUUCACGCACAACUAUACAAUGGGACCAACGUCGAACGGCGUGGUUCCCCACAGACUGGAUCCGUAGGACCAUGUCUCCACAGAUUCGAGAGAAGGAUAGCGAGAAAGAAGUAGAGGCGGCACGGCAACAAGCGAAGGAACGUGGAGAAGCGAGUCUUUUUGAAUAUGAGGAUGUCAGUCCUGAUGUACAAGCCGCUAUCGCAAAAGCGACUGGACGAGAGGUGCAAAAGCCAGUAGAGCAUCGCGGUGCUACGAAGAAUUUCUGGAUUUCGCAUCGGAAACUUAACAAACUGGCUCAUCAGAUUUCUGGAAAACCCAUUGAUUCAGCCAUCCUGCAAAUGAUCUUCAGCGAGAAGAGGGCCUCGGGGCGUAUCAAAAGUAUGCUUGCUCAAGCAAAGAGCUCUGCUGUUACUCGCGGAAUGGAUUCCGAGAGGCUUGUCGUUUCCGAAGCAUGGGUAAACAAGGGAAAAGGUGGUAGACAAAUGAAACGACUGGAGAUUAAGGGCCGAGGUAGAAUAGGUAUUCGUACACGAUACAACUCGAAGAUGGUCGUGAUGCUCCGCGAAGGAUUGACCUUUGAGGAGAAGCGUCAAAGGGAUCGUGAGGCACGUUUGAAGAGGAUUGUUUCGUCGGGUUUGAACCGGGAAGACGUCCCACUCCGGAACCCGAGCUCACAAUGGGCCUGGUAG